AUGGAUAUGGCGAGCCCAAUAACAACACCUGCGGCGGAUACUGAACCACCCAACGAAACGCCUCAGAGCACGACUGCAAACCCGAUAGCUGAAACUGCAGUCCAAGAUCAUCCUGAUGGCGCCGAGAUCCGUCGUCAAGUGGAGUAUUACUUCUCUGAUGAGAACCUACCUACAGACAGGCAUUUGCUGCAAUUCUGUGGAGGCCGUGAGAACCUCCCCGUCUCCAUCAACCGCAUAUGCGGGUUUUCGAGGAUGCGGCAGUACAAACCCAAGAGACUCGUCGUUGCGGCCCUUCGUCUGAGCACUUUCCUAGAAGUCUCUGACGACGGGAAAACUAUCAAGCGCAAAGUGCCGCUGCAGGGAAAAUGUAUCCUCGACCCGGAUUUCUUUGACGAUGAAGAUAUUGCCUACGACCCACGCGUUCAAAAGGCUCUCGCUCAGAAGCCAGUGCAGCAGCCAAUGUCGCUUCUUGAAAAAAAGAAGGCUGCAAACCCAGGGGUGCCCAAGAAUAUGCUCAAGCCCACAGGGUUCGAGAGAACCUACAUGGAGCCGGUCCUUACGCCCGAGGAAGCUGCACAGGAGGACGACAUGUACGAUCCCGACAAACAUUUUGUCGAGCGCAUGGAAAUUGCCAUUCAGCGCUUCAAACAGAAGCGUCGCAUGCACGAAAUGUAUGCACACGUCUUUAAUAAACUAAUGCGCUUUGGCGGUGUAGAGUCCGGCCCGCGCAUGUACCAAGGACUAUCGACAAAUGACAUGAAAGACAUGGAUGCCGAGGAGCUUGCGAGAGCGCUUGCUACUCAUCACAUACCUUGGGACCGUGCCAAUCCGAGUCAGUGGGUGGUUGAUUUUGUCGGUGUCUGCAAGGCCUUCUUGUCAUCCUGGUAUCCUGCUCACUAUGGGUAUGCUUCAAACAGCAUCAAGAACGCUUGCCAGGUGCCCCGAUCCUUUUUCAGGUACCUGCGAUUUCACAGAGUCUGUCCGGAGUAUGACGGUCAACUCGCUGCGGCGCUUGAGAUUUGCGAUGCCGCAGAAGAACAGCUCCCCAAAGUGCACGCCAUAGGUCUUGCCUUGCCAGGAGAUUUCAACAAAGCCGCCAGCGUCCUAUUCGGUGGUACCCAGGCCGGCAUGUACACUGGUGACAAGUCUUGGGCUGCGGAGCUAGGCCAGGAUGGUAUGAAGAUUGAAGAGAUUGGCAUGCGCGAAGAAGAGGCUAAGAUCAAGUUUGGCACUGGACUGGCUGUCUUGGGCUCGGAUGAGCAGUUUAGCUUGUACGAGUCGUCGAGUAUGAGGGUCCUCAGCAACGACUCUGCCUGUCUUGAAGUGAUUGGCAUCGACCUGCCUAGCACAGACACCAAAGCAGCUUACGCCGCACAGAGCACCAUUUACCAAUACAAGGUCCAACUCAGAUGUCUUGGCAAACUUAGCUGUAAGACGUGGUACAACGACGAUUGCGACGAAUUCGACCUUCCCAGAGAUAGCGGCAAGUACCCCGACGGCAAGCCCCGUGAGGCUGGCAAGAGCCGAAGCUACGAGUUCUGGCUCGAGGAAGACAUUCUUCGAGACUGCUUUGUGGGCAUGAAGAUGGACGCGAACAUCCUGGUCCUGUCAGGUGGUUUGAGCAUCCUCGACGAUGUCAAGGAGACCAUGUGCAGCUUCCACGUCUGGCUGGCUAAUGAGCUGUGGAUGGAGCGGAAGCCGAAAGAGGUGCGGUGGCUGAAGAAGGGCAUGGGUCUUGAGGAUGACGAAGAGGAAGAGGGCGAGGCUGCUCGUGAGGCGAAAGCGGUGACUGAUCAACGGGCUUCGGAUGGCGAGUUUGACGAUGAGUGA